UUUAUGGAAUGGCUGUCGCGAAGGAAAACAACCUGUCAAAGUGUCUGUCAUAAAAUGGGAUUUGUCUUUCGUUUACGAUAUUAAGGUACUAGCAGGACUUGGGUAACUAAAACAGGAUGAACAUUGAUGUGGUCGGGCGGAUUCGCCCGUCCAUUCGUGCUGAAGGAUCUGGCAACAUUGUCAUUGAUGGACAUAGAAUAGCAGCCCAGUCAAAAGGACCAUUUCUAAACUUUUCCUACCUCCAUCACAAGGAUGCUGGGAACUACGAUGUGUUCAAACACUCGGUGGAGAACCUGCUGGACUUGUACAUGGCUGGUUUUAACGUAUGUCUCCUGGUUAUGGGUGAGAGUGAGGCUGGCAAGUCCUUCACUGUGGCUGGAGAAACUGCUAACAAAGCAGGCGUUGCACCAAUGGUAUUUGAUUACCUGUUCAGCAGACUUGCAGAAGAGAAGUUCAUGGCUGACACGAAGGUGAGGAGACACAGUCCCACAGUGACUCUCCAGAUGUAUGAGGUGUACAACGAAUUGAUCAAGGAUCUGCUCCAGGUUCCUGGGGUCAGUGGUGGGGCUUAUAAGGACCUCACUGAGUCUGCAGAUAAGGGAGUCCAUGUCAAGGAUGGUACAUCUGUGACCCUGAAAGAUGCUUCAGACGCAAACUCCCAUUUCAGAGCAGGAAUGGGUCGAAGAACAGAGACCACUACUGACUAUGGACCUGCCUCAAACAACGCCAGCACUAUCCUCAACUUUGAUCUCGAGAUGGCCUCCAGAAAAAAUCCCUUGACUGUAGGCGAUAACCCACAGCCCAACAAGUCACGCUUCACCAUUGUUGAGUUACCAGGACUGGAGAAGCUAACAGACGACCCCACAGAUCUACGCCAACGUGAAGGGGCUAGUUUGAGCAAGGCCCUAAUAGCCCUCAACGCAACUGUCACAUCGCUGGCCCACAACCCUUACCCUGACCGGGUUAUCAAUUACAGUGAAUCUAAACUGACCCAGCUGCUGAGAGAGGAACUUGGAGGAAAUUUCAAAACGCGAGCUAUUCUAUGUCUAAAACCGCAUACAGACCAAAGAAAUCUGUCCUCUAUUCUGACGUUUUGUACCCGGGUGUCACAAGUGAAGAACUUUCCACUCAUCAACGAUAGUUUUGCCCAGAAUUUGAUCACACAAUACCGAGCCCGCAUCCUUGACCUCCAGCACCAGGGGGGUGUCGGCCCGUCACCGAUGUCAAAGAUCACCAACCUCAAUGACAUCCAGGAGACCAUCCGGCAACUGCAGACGGAUAAUCUGAGGCUGAAGGAUGAAAAUGAAAGGCUACGGAAUCGAUAUGAUUCUGUCCAGAACAAGUUUGGCAACAUGGCCACCACCAAGACGGACCUGUCUCAGCAACUGCUGCUGACAGAGGAGGAAAAACUUAAGGUUUCUCAGUCUCUAGUUGAAAUGCAGAUAGAAAACAACAAACUGAGGGAAGAGGCUGAGGCGACAAAGUUUGAGCUCAAUAACAAGAUCCUGUUACUGCAAAGGGCGGUGAUGGAGGCAGAGAAUGAAAGAGAUAGGUCGGUGAAGGGAGCAAGAUUUGCAAAAGACAGAGUGGUAGAGAUGGAAAAAGACAGAAAGGAUUUAGCAGAUGAAUAUGUGGUCCUGAAGACAAACUAUCUGGCAUUGGUUAGAGAGCAUGAUAAAGAGACAAAAAAGAAUGAAGAACUUAGCAUAGAGGUCCUCAACCUGGUCAAUGCCAAGGCGGCCCUCAUGAAGAAACUACUCAUCGUGUCGGGUGGAGACAGUAAUGUGGGUGACCCAGAUGCUGAGAUCAGCAGGGUCAAAGCCCUUGUCAUCAAAAACUCCUCAGGCAGGGUCAAGACUGAUGAAAUACUUGGUACACAGACGGAUCGAGCUAACGUAGAAGACUCUUUGUUUAACAACAAGAAGCGAUAUGACAAAGAUUUGGAGAGGAUGAAACAGGACCAUGGUGAUGAAUUUAGGAAGUUUGAAUCCAAAUUAACUACUCUACAGAAGGAGCUGAAUGAUUCCAGGAACUUGGCAAGAGACAGACAGAAGAAAAUGGCAGAGAUGAAUGCGUCACUGAUUGUGUUGCGCGGUGACAAGGAACAACUGGAGUUGUUGAACAAUCGUCUACAGCACAAGGUGAAGGAUCUUGGUGAAGAUUACAGAUCACGACUCAUCAAAUACGUUGAGGAUAUCUCGGAGUAUGUGGACAAGGGCAGUGGUAUACCAGACGGACGGUCAGCCACGCAGAUGCGGGAGUACAUGGACAAGAUGGUGAAGGACAUUACAAGGUCACACAAAGAACGCGAGGAACAGUUGAGUAAGGCGGCACAACAGUACCGAGAAAGACAGAAACACCUCAUUCACAAAUACGAGGAACUACUUAUACACUACAGAUACCUACGACUUAUGUGUGAGCAGAGAGGCAUAGAUGAUCUGGACAUGGGUCCUGACGAACAGGAGAUUAGUAUGACAGACUCGGAGAUGACCUCCGCAAACCUGAGGGAGAUAGCGAGAUUGAAAACAGAGCUCAGUAAAGCCAAACAUAACGCAUCCAAUCUAAAAACCAAGUUUGGAGGUGAUUACGGCGAGGAUUCAGGAAGAGUUGGUGACAUGCCAGCCGAUUCCUGGUCUAUGCUGCGUAAACAGCUUAGAGAGUAUACGCUGAACACACAACAGCAGCUGGAAGAGGAAAGAGCACGACUUCUCAGUGAGAACACCUCCCUCAAGGAACAGCUACGGGAAAGUCAGGACUACAUUGAACGACACCUGAUCAGAUACAAACAGGAGAUUGUGAAGUUACGUAGAAAGUUAGGUUACGAUGAGGAUGGAGGACUUAUUCAGGGGGUCCCAGGAGGCUACAGUGACCGAGGACCUCGACGCCCGAGGCGCAAGUAGGGGAGAGGUUAAUUUAGUGAAUAUAAGCCCCUUACAGCAGAGUUGAUGUGGACGGUCGACUUCAGAGGUCUGGGGCUUACUAAGUGACAAGAGCCCUUGACAACCAAGGCACAACUAGUACAACAUAUAGAGUGGACGGAGUAUCAGAAGAUUUCUUAGAGAGGACAGAGGUGGAAGUAGAAAACCUUGUUACUUAUAACGAUAAACGGGCUCUCCUUCAUCAUUGAAGAUCACGCAAAGAUGUUUGUUCAAGUCCAGGAUACACAGAUUUGCAAAGGAAAGUUGUUAAAAACUCAUUUGUUUACCGUAUGGCACUAUUGUAGGAUAUCAGUGGGUAGAAACAGGUGUAUUGUAAGUGAGUUAGCUCAGGUUGUAGCUUAUAGACUUUUAGGUGGUCACUGGGUCAUUUCAGCCAAGGUUAUAACAUAUACAUUCUAGGUUCUCAAACAUGAUAUACCAUAAAAAAGAUCCACUGUUGUACCACUACCAACACAUGGGACAUAUUUUGGAUGUUUUUACCCGAUAGAUCUGGUAAGGUCUGGAUAAGUCAUCAGGUUUUACUAUGAUAUAAAGAAGUUGUAAGUGAUACAUUUGUUUUUCUAACCCUAUGAAGAAAGGCUGUCAAUGGCUUUAUCUGGCAGAAUUUCUCUAUCAUGGUAUUUAUGCGUAUAAGGUUUUUACAGUGUUGGGUAAGUGGAGAAUGAUUGAUAAUAGGCUUUGGCCCUGUUCAAAAAUCCAAAGAGUGUUUUUUUUUGUCUUAUCAUUUGUGUAUAUCAUUUCAAUGUCACAUGAAAUGGGAUGUAAGGUAGAACACCCCUUUCUUCUCCUGGACAGUUUUAUCAUACACACACCUGAAUGAGAGAAAUAUAACCAAGAAACAGAACAGGGUAGUUUACAUUGGAGAAUAGGUGCUAAUAUGAAUAUAUAAAUAUUCAUUAAGUGUAAGCUAUCUGCAGUUAUAUAAAAGUGGUUUUAUGUUACUAGCUUACAUAGAAAUUUUCAUUAAGUGUAAACUAUCUGCAGUUAGAUAAAAGUGGUUUUAUGUUACUAGCUUACAAUAUGUACUAAUUCUUUCUAUGAUAUCAAUGUUGCACAUUAUUGUAUAAAACAUGUAAUUGUAGCUAAGGGGUAUAUUUGUAAAAUUAAAACUUUAUAUAUAGA